GAGGGCGGAGCUUUGAUGUCCGCCAGCCAGUCACUGGUGAGUUUCUUUCCAUUCUUCCAUUGGAGGGAAAAUCUUUACAGUUGGGUUGCUCUUUUUAUUUUAUUCCCCUUUAGUUAUGGCCAACCCACAGGUCCCCUUCAUAAGUGCGCCUUUCAAACGCACAGAAGAUAUCGACUGGAUUAAUCCGCUCAAGCGGUACAUUGCGCAAGUUUAUCAAGACGAUCCGGAAAAGUACAAUGAAGAGACUUACACUCUCAAUCGACUACGCCAAGACACACGGGGUGCAGGCAAAGACGUCACAGGUCGCGACUUGCUGUACCGAUAUUUUGGUCAGUUGGAACUCUUGGACUUGCGUUUUCCUGUGGAUGAAAAACAUGUCAAGGUCCUUUUCACUUGGUAUGAUGCUUUUAACGGUCGUGCCACCGCUCAGUAUUCUCUUGCGUACGAAAAAGCCAGCGUCAUUUUCAACAUUGCAGCAACCUUGUCGGCCAUUGCGGCUGCUCAGAACCGUGCCGAGGCCGAUGGACGCAAGCGGGCUUUCAACUUUUUCCAAGCAGCGGCGGGCAUGUUCCAAUACAUCAACGACAAUUUCCUGCAUGCGCCAUCCCAGGACCUGAGUCGUGAAUCCGUGAAAAUGCUCGCGGAGUUGAUGCUUGCCCAGGCCCACGAAUGUUUUCUGGAAAAUAGUAUCCGAGAAAAGAAGAAGGAGGGACUCAUUGCUAAGCUGGCCAGUCAUGCGGUGUGGACUUAUGGCAACCUGGUGGACGAGCUGAACGAUAUGAUUGGCAAGGGUCAUGGUAUGGAGAAGGCGUGGGUCCUCAUUUGCCAAGUAAAGCAAAAAUACUAUCAAGCGUUAGCCCAGCAGUACAAGGCGGCCGCCUGUGAAGGCGAAGCCAAGUACGGUGAGCAAGUCUCGCGAUUAUCCGUGGCAGAAACGUCGGCCAAAGAAGGAAGCAAGCUCGGUCCUACCCUGGUGAAUCAAUGCCUAUCGAGUCUGCAUGCCAACAGUACCAUUCCCAGCGACAGUAGUGGCGCCUUGCAAGAACUUUGCAAAUCUCUCGCGGCGACCUGCAACGAAAAAAAAGUCAAGGCGGAGCGUGACAACGACAUGAUUUAUCAUGACCAAGUCCCACAAGAAUCCGUGUUGACUCCCAUUGAUCGCUUGAAUGCCGUUAAACCCGUAUCCAUUUCGGAGUUGUAUGGUCCAAAUGAAGUGAACAAGGUGAUUGGUGCCGAUAUUUUUGCACGUCUCAUCCCGUUGAGCGUGCACGAAAGUGCUUCCAUGUAUUCUGAAGAAAAGGCAAAAUUGGUUCGUGCCGAAAGUGAACGGUGCGACCUUGCCAAGGCCGAGUUGAACGCUUCCCUCGAUUACAUGAAGUUACCUGGUGCUUUGGCCAAAUUCAGGCAGCGAGACAACGAUCACGCUCAGGCGGCCGCCAUGCUCGAUGAUUUCACCACGGUGCCGGCGGAAGUCAAGUCAUGGGCCGACCAAAUCGCGUCGGAAGAAUCCAAGAACAGUACAACGAUUCGUGAACUCAUGGAUACACUGGAAGGAAUGAAAUCACGGGCCCGAGGUCUCAUGGAUGACAUGAGCAUGAAGCUCGAUCAGGAAAUGCAACAGUGCGAAAGCAUGAGAGUCAAAUACGGCGAUCAAUGGCAGCAACAGCCUUCAGGUCAGCUGACAAACGAAUAUCGUCACGAUAUACGAAACCAUCGAGAAGCACUUCAGGGAGGCGCGCAAUCGGAUGAUCAACUUUUGCGACGUUAUCAAGCGAUUCAGCAGGAUAUUGCCAUUCUGCGCCAAGGCGGUCAAGGCCGCGAACUGGAACGAUUUUUCGCCGAGAACAUGACAUCGUUAUUCCAAGAUAAUGGACAAGACGGCAAAGAGAAAGAUAAGAACAGUUUAUUGGACUUGGACCUGGAUGCUGGUACGGAAGCCAAACAUGCGUCGGAAGGCAAGGUGCAACGCGUGGAAGCCGUGCUUGAAAAAUUGCGCAAAAUCGAAAAUGACCGCAAGCAAACACUGCAGGAUCUCAAGGAAAAGACGGUUCAAGAUGAUAUUUCACAUGUAUUGAUUCUGAACAAGAAAUCGAAUGCGGAACAGCAGAUUUUCUCCACGGAACUUGAGAAAUUCCGACCUCAUCAGCAGCGCAUUGCGGCCACCAUCCAUCAGCAGCAGCAAGCGAUUCAGGAACUGACGGCGGCGUUCAAAUCAUUGAUGGAGGGUGAAGAAGCGCAACGAUUGCAAACUCGAUGGGAUGCCGCCGAUCGACAACGACGCGCAUUGAUGGACCGUUUGAAUAAAGCCAAAUCCAGUUAUUCGGAAGUCAAAGAUGGGUUGAGUAAAGGGGUACAGUUUUAUUCCAAUCUAUUGGAUGUCAUUGAAUCACUGUCGCAGAAUAUUCAGCGAUUUACCCAGGAACGAUCGCGUGAAAGAGAAAAGAUGGUCGAGGACAUUGAAAGUACACGCAGUGCACGAGAGCAGGAAAUGCUUCGUGAAAAGAUCAACCGCUACAGCGGCGCGAGCCCCAGUGCUCCACCGGGGAUCCCGGAAACCAAUCCACACCUUUCCCAAUUGGCCGAUCGUACACGGCAAAUGUCGUUGAAUGACAAACCGCCCCAUCCUCCUACCCCAUCUGAACCUACUUAUUCUACUUCGUCGCGGGGUUCCUACAACAGUGGAAUGAUGACUUCACCGGUGUCAUCGCAGCCGUCACCGAUGCACCAUGUAGGUUACGGUGGCUACCCCGGUUCACAAAAUCAAGGCUAUGGCGGUAGCACUUCGAAUCCAUCGAUACCUUUGUCGCAGUCCGGUUAUAUGGGUUAUCAACCUUAUGUGCCAUCGACGGCACCGAGCAUGCCUGCCAUGUAUCAGCAACCGACACCCACCCCACCCCAACAACCACAGCAACCCCCCUAUCAAGCAAAUCAACCUCCACCGGCGGCUCAACCCAUACCGUCGAUGCAGCGACCAAUGAAUGCACCGUAUCCUCCUCCUCCUCCUCCCAGCAACAGUUAUGGGUCAAUACCCGGGGCGGCAGGUUAUGGUGCUCCACGUCCGAAUGGACCUCCAUCGGGUCAUGAUGCCUAUGGUAUGGGAUCUCAAGGCCGACCUUCAGGAGCUGCUCCCGGUCCACCUUACGGCAUGAAUAUGAUGGGAUCGCAUCCACCGCGUCCAAUGUAUGGUCAACAAGGUCCUCCUAUGCAACCUUCUCCACCUUCUACACAAUAUCGACCUGGAGCUCAGCAACCACCUGUGCCCGGUCAUCCACCGCCUCCACUCCCUCAGCAGCAGCAACAACAACAACAGCCGCCACCUCCAGCUACGCCUGCUAAGUACUCGAUGCCGCCUUCUCACGGUGGUAAUUAUUAUUCUGCCACCUCUUCUUCUUCUCCUGGCACGCCACAGUAUGGCAUGCCACCUUCACCUGCAGCUGGUUAUGGGUAUCAACAGAUCCGCCCGGCCGCACCGCAAGGGUAUCAGCAACCAAUGCCUCCUCCUGCUCCUCAAUGGCAACAGCAGGGACCGUCUCAGCCACCACCACCACCAGCGCCAUCCUCCAACUAUUGGAAUGGACCCAAUACACCAGGUGGUAACAGUGGAAAUUCGCUUAUGGAUUAGUUUACCGAUAAUAUUGUUUAUUUUCCUCUUUUUUUUUGGGAUGAUUUCUAUGGGAGAGUAUUUGAUGUUUGCUUUCUUUUUUGACAAGGUUUGAGUGGAAACUCCUUAGAUCAAGGAGAUCCAUGACGAUUAAAAAAAAAGUGAUACAAAAAUUCAUGCGGCUGUCUAUGCGUUGACAAAGAAGGAAAGAAAGAGAAAGAAAAACGAAACUCGACAGGGAUUUUUGAGGAGCUGUCCAGUUGUGAGUGAAAAAAAAAUCAGGGUAAAACAAAACAAAAAAAAAAAAUCGAGGGGAUGGUGAAUCAGGAAUCAGG